ACUUAGUUGGCUCUCUUAACUUGUUUGAAUGUGGAAAGACUUCAGUUCACGCUGCCUCCCAGUCGAACUCACUGGAGUCUGUCUGAAGUCUGACGCCAAUCCAGCCUUUCACAUCUUGGACUUGUCAGGGUGCAAAUCAGGAGAAACACAAUGCUGUUUGGCUUCUUUUUAAUGUCUGUUGUGGUUUUCCUGGACAUGGGAUUGUGCACUGCAGCGCAAUCAGAGCUGAGAAUCACGACAAUAAAGCAAGAGCCAUAUACAACGGUCAAAGGCACACAACUGGAGGGCUUUUGCAUGGACUUACUGUCUGAAGUAGCCAAGAAACUGGGCUUCAAGUACAGAGUGCAUCUGGUGAAAGACAGUUCAUAUGGCAGACAGGAUGAGAGCGGGAACUGGAAUGGGAUGAUUGGAGAGGUGGUGAGAGGCGAGGCAGAUCUUGCGAUUGCUCCACUGACUCUUACUGCUGCUCGGGAGAAAGUGGUGGGGAUGACUAAACCAUUCAUGCAGACAGGCGUCAGCAUCCUGCUGAGAAAGGACAUCUCAGAGGGAACAGGCUUCUUUGAUUUCCUGUCCCCCUUCACAGCCGAGACUUGGGUCGGUAUACUCAUCGCCUACCUGGGGACCGCUGCUUGCAUCUUUGUAGUUACCAGACUGAGCCCAUGUGAGUGGAGUCAACCUCAGAGUGAGGAGAACAGAUUCAGCUUCCUCCACAGCCUGUGGUACACAGCUGGAGCUCUGACACUACAAGGUGCUGGUCCUCAUCCCAAAGCUGUUUCAGGACGUAUUAUCUGCUGCACUUGGUGGUUAUUCACCAUUGUCCUCCUGGCUAGUUAUUUCUCCAACCUCAGCUCCUCUAAGACCUCUGACUCCACUCAGCUGACGAUAAAAGGGUUUGAUGACUUGGCCAAUCAGGAUGUGAUUCAGUACGGCUGUUUGGCAGGCUCUUCCACCCUCGCCUUCUUCAAGAAUUCAAACAAUCCAUUGUACCGCAGAAUCUAUGAACACAUGGAGAGGACAAAGAGCUUUGUUUCAUCUAUGGAUGAAGGGGUCCGGCGUGCAAAAGAGGGAAACUUUGCCUUUAUUGGAGAGUCUGUUUCUUUGGACUUGGCAGUAGCACGCUAUUGUGAGCUGGUCAGAGCACAUGAAGUCGUUGGCAUGAGGGGAUACAGCAUCGCUGCCGCCCUUGGCUCACCCAUCAUAAAGAACCUCAGUGUGGCAAUCCUACAGCUGAGCGAGGCAGGGGAGCUGGCUUAUCUGCGAAGCAAGUGGUGGGCCAGCAGCUGCAUAGCAGACAAGGCCAAGUCUUCAGCUGCACAGCCGCACAGCCUCAAGGGGAUGUUUCUGGUUCUUUCCCUGGGCCUGGGGCUGGGAGCACUGCUGGCUGUCCUGGAGCUCACAUCCAAGAGCCGCAGACGUGCAGCUGAGCAGAAAAAAUCCUGUUGCACUGUACUGACUGAAGAACUGAGUCUGCGCUUAAGGACCAGCGACGCAAACAAACCCCAGGAAAAUGUAGACAAAGAUAAAGAAAAAGCGUAGAAACAUCCUGGAAACGCAUCAUCAUGGAAACUGUGAUACUUUUAACUUUUAGUUGUUGUUGUUUUUUUUUCUGAUAGCUGUUUCAUAAUUUGUUCUAAUAUUUGAUGACUUUUAAUUAACCUGAAAUAGGUUUUGAACUAUCUUAAUCGUAAAGAUACAUCAAAUAAAACAGGAAAAAUAUUGAACUUUGUCAAUCAGAAAACACAUUUUAUAUAAAAUAAUCAGUUUAUUGAAUUUUAAGAAUGCUAAAGUUUCAAUGAAAAAUCAAACAUUAUAGUUUAAAGAUUAUAAAAAUAAUUAUUAAAAAUUAAAACUGAAAAUCUGACUAACAAAUACUGAUCAUGCAGUUAGUUAUUUUCUUUUUUAAUGACUGUAUUGUGCUGUUUUGUACAGUUGGCAAUGGCAUCACAUGAUUUCAACAAUUUCUUACAUGCAUAAAAACUUGAUUGUAAAGCCUACAGCAUCAAUAAAUACUGUCUAAUUGUGUAA